GUCCACAUAAGACUGACUCUUCUUGCUCACAAAGGGACAGCUUUUGAAUGACAAAGCAAUGCUGGUAGAGUAUUGAAGAUUUCGCCACCCUUUCUCUUCUCUGCACAGAGGCAGAUAAAACCAUCUGCUGAUCUCUAUAAAUCGAAUAUUUUAGAUACCUUUAUUCAUUGUUCUCUCUACUGGUACGAUUAUUUGCUUCAUAUUCUCCAAAUAUUCGUUUUUUGGCCAAUUCUUUUGAUACCCACUUCCUAAAGUUGCGUUUUUUGGUGCCCAUUUGAUUAAAAACCGCUCAUUUCCUUCUCAAAAUUCAGACUUUUGCAGUGCUAUAAGCAAAAGUGGUUCUGGGUAGAUUGAAUACCUUGGGAAAAAAUAACUUUGUUUGAUAUUCAUGGGUAGAAGAGGAUUGCAAAGUUUUGUACGAAGUAACAAAGAUGUGGUAGUUUCUAGUUCCGGAAUUAAGAUUCAAUGGAGUUCUCAAGAGGGUAGUUCUCGUUCUUGUGGCAUAUUUGCAAGCGUUGGUCAAUCAGGAAUGGGGUUUGGGAUUCCAUCAAAUCCUAAGAAUUCUAUAGAGAAAGGCAUUAAGUUCCUGUAUAGUACUUCACACAUGAUGUAUGUGUCAAUGCCUGAAUCAGGGUUUCGGUUGUGUGGGCUUCCGGAAUUGGUGACAGGCGAGUCAUUGGAGAUUGGAGAGGAAGGGCUGGUGAAGAAGAAGAAGAAGAGGGGUGGUCUUAAACUGAAAAUUAAGGUUGGUAACCCAUCAAUGAGGAAGCUGAUCAGUGGGGCAAUCGCUGGUGCGGUAUCAAGGACUGUGGUUGCACCACUGGAGACAAUAAGGACACAUUUGAUGGUUGGAAGCUUAGGACACUCGACAACUGAGGUGUUUCAAAACAUCAUGGAGAGUGAUGGAUGGAAGGGCUUGUUUAGUGGUAAUUUGGUUAAUGUGAUCCGAGUGGCUCCAAGCAAGGCUAUUGAGUUGCUCGCUUUUGAGACGGUUAAGAAGCACUUGACUCAACCUGGGAUACAGCCCAAAAUCCCAAUUCCUGCCUCAUUAAUUGCAGGUGCUGUUGCUGGAGUUAGCUCUACCUUGGCUACAUACCCUCUUGAGUUACUCAAAACCCGAUUAACUGUCCAGAGAGGAGUGUACAAGAAUCUCUUGGAUGCAUUUCUAAAGAUUGUGCAAGAGGAGGGGCCUGCGGAAUUGUAUAGAGGCCUCACCCCGAGUAUAAUUGGAGUAAUCCCAUAUGCUGCCACCAAUUAUUUUGCUUAUGAUACGCUACGAAAAGCUUACAAGAAAGCUUCCAAGAAGGAGGAAAUUGGGAGUGUUAUGACUCUCUUGAUUGGAUCAGCAGCUGGUGCAAUUUCCAGUAGUGCAACUUUCCCUCUUGAGGUGGCUCGGAAACAUAUGCAGGCCGCCGGAGCUAUCAAUGGAAGGCAGUACAAAAGCAUGCUUCAUGCUCUUGUGAGCAUACUUGAAAAUGAAGGGCUCCCGGGUCUGUACAGAGGAUUGGGUCCUAGCUGCGUGAAGUUGGUCCCUGCUGCUGGGAUAUCUUUCAUGUGCUAUGAGGCAUGCAAGAGAAUACUGAUUGAUAAAGAAGAAGAUGAUUAACCUUUGCAGGAAAAAUCUAUGGUCGUUGAGUUCAUACAGUUUCAAGAUAAGAGGAAAGUUCAGUUUUACUUUCGGCGAAAUUGGCCUACAUUUUCCAUUUUUUUGAAUUGCGUUUAUUUUGAGGCUUUAGCUGCAGGAUCUUUAUUUGAGAUGAUAAUCAAAGUGAUUUUUUUAGCAUUA